CACAGUUAUCUCUCCACGCCCAGUAUUCUCCUAUGCCAUAUAUAUUACAAGCAAACGUACGCCGCUGGCCGUUCGUCGAUUGAGAGGAUGUCUGAAUGCUAUCUCGUUCAAAUUCGAGUCCAGCCUUGUCUGCGUUGAACGGAGUCGUUAUCGUUCCUGUUGCAGGCAGGAGGCUUCCCGCACGGUAUGCUCAGUCGAAGCGCUCGACUUAUCAUAAGGCAGAUAUCUCGUGCAGGCGGCCGAGGACUCCCCUGGAUCGUUUAAUCUUCUCUCCCUGCCGAUUCUACUUCUCACGACUUACCCGCACUUUGGGAUCGUUGACGAACCAUGGAGUCUCAUCCCACGGCGUUUCAGAGGUUGCUCAAGCGGAUCGAGGUCCCCAUUGACAAGGAUGCGGACUACAAGAAUGACAACUGGACGAACCGCGACUUGAUCCCCAUGCCCGCUGAACGUCGGACCUACAAGAUUUGGUCCUUCUUCAUCUACUGGUGUAUCUCCGGCAUGUGUAUCUCAGCCUACACUACGGGUUCCACGCUGCUUGCGUAUGGACUGACGGCAGGACAAGCCAUUGGGGCGUUGGUCAUUGGAGCUGUGGCAACUGGUUUUCUGAGUGUGGCGUGUGGAUGGAUGGGCGAGAGGCACCACAUCGGUUUCACCGUCUCCUCGCGAUUCACAUGGGGAAUGAGGGGCGCAUACUUCCCCGUCAUCAUCCGGACGUUCACGACAAUCUUCUGGGACGGUUUGCAAGCAUAUUGGGGUGGUCAAGCCAUGCGGGUCACGAUCGGGGCUAUCAUUCCGAAGUUUGCACACAUGGAACAAACUCUAGCCGGCGGUGUGCUUUACACGAAAGAUUUGAUUGGCAUGAUAAUCUACUACAUCUUCUUCAUCGCGAUCAUGAAGAUCCCACCCGAGAGGCUUCAGAAACCGUUCAUCGUCUCGAGCGUUUUGUUCGGUGGAACGCUCAUCGGUCUCCUCGCGUGGGGCGUCUCCAACGCCGGAGGACCUGGCCCGUUGUUUAAAGAGGCAGGCAACCCGGCUCAUGGGAGUAUUGGCUGGUCAAUGAUGUUCGGUAUCACGUCUAUCCUCGGUUCAUGGGGCGGCGGAACACUUGGCCAAUCUGACUGGACACGAUAUGCCGAUCGACCUUACGCACCGACUUUGUCCCAGAUGGCCGCUGCCCCUUUCACCAUCAUCGUCACCGGAACCGUAGGAACUAUUGUCACCUCGUGCGGACAACAGAUCCUAGGAAGCACGAUUUGGGAGCCGUUCGAGCUGUUGGGGGAGAUCAUGGAUUUCUAUAACGACUCUCCGAGAGCUCGUUGUGCAGUCUUCUUCGCAGGCCUCGGAUGCGUCUGCGCUCAGCUCGGGAUCAGUAUUGUUUUGAACAGUGUCAGUGCUGGGAUGGACAUGGCCGGUCUUUACCCAAAAUACAUGAACAUCCGUCGUGGCGCCUAUCUCCUCGCCUUCCUCGGUCUGGUCUCGAAUCCGUGGCAAUAUCUCUCCAACGCUGCAACAUUCUUGACUGUCUUGAGCGGGUUCGGUAUCUUUUUGGCACCUUACACGGGUGUGAUGCUCGCCGACUAUCUCUUGGUGAGGAGAUGCAUCAUCAAGCUCGAAGACUGUUACAUUGGCGAUGAGACCUCCAUCUACUGGUACUGGCAUGGCUUCCACUGGCGUGCACUACUCGCGUGGGUCAUCGGUGUCUUCCCCACCAUGCCCGGGUUCAUCAUGAGCGUCCAAGACGCGACGGCGUAUAACUCUUGGGUCAAGAUAUAUAACAUCGCGUUCUUUGUCGGCCUCUCCGUUUCAUUCGCAGCCUUCUGGCUCAUCUGCAAGGUCUCACCACCAUCAAACCUCGGCAUCGGAACCGGAUACCACUACGAGGGCCCCAUCGACGAGAAGUCCGUGAGCGAUGGGAGUGUAGGGGAAAAGGGGUCAGGCGUCGGGGUUCAUGAAGUUUGAUGAUAGUGAUGUGAGCAGGGUUGGACGCAUGAGACGGGUUAAUGACUUUCGUUAUGUUGAUUUAGACGUUCGAGCAUUAUGAUACUUUUUUGUUCGUAUUCUUUUUCCUUGGUGGCUAUCUGUGUACAGAGACGACGUGAUAUCGAGAGGUGGUCCAAGAGCCAUUACAGUAU